UGCAAAAACAUAAUCUUUUUAAAAAAGAAUAAUGAACUGUCAAUUUUUUACUAAUGAGGAGAAAAUAAGGAGCCAAAGUAUUUUCCUCGUGUGACGCCUUCAUUUUUUUCUUUUCAAUUGGAAGGUACAUUUGUGGAUGAACUGAAGCCUGCAUCGGCACCAACGCUUCGCCAAGUGUGUAAAACAUUGUCCAAAAAAAUAAAGCUCCUUCUUAUCCACAAAACUACGCCACGUGCCUUUAUUUCAUUACAAUGUUGUGGGAGGGAUUUUUAAUAAUCAGCAAUUUGAAACAAGUAUCGAAGAAGGAGAGAAACCUGAGCCUCAACGACAAUGAUAAAGCGAAGAGCGAUGCAGAUCUGGAGAAAGGUUUUAGAGUUGGCGAGAAAAGUGAAAAUUUUGACACCGAUGAAGCCCAUGAACAUCCCAAUAUUCGACUUCUUGAAGCUGAUCGUAAUCCAUUACCGGCAAGCAAGCCCAAGAUUAAAUAUUUCCCCGAAAAUUAUAGUACCUGCGUCGAUUUUUUCCAAAUAAUUUUCACGGGCAUCUUCAUCAUUUUGGGCUUUGGAUCUAAUGAAAUCAGAAAGAUACGGCAGAAGAAAGAAAAACACACUUGGUCAGUCCAAGUGAUGGAGAAACUUCUGGAAUUAACUUCAUCGGAGAAGUAUUUCUACGAUGGAAAUACUCCGAUAGUAUCGAAAUUACAAUCCGAGGACGAGGAAACUGAAACACUUCCUUACAUCUUGGUAGGAGACCAGGUCGGGUUCAAUACGAAGCAAACACAAGAUCUAACAGAUGAUCAAACGACGACACACCCUGCAGCUGCAGCUAUUCACAGUACAGAUCAACAAAGUCCAAAAGAAUCAGCAAUGUUAUUGGCAGCAAAGCACGGGGUGCUGGAGAUGGUGAAGAGACUGUUCGAACACUUUCCACUGGCCAUUCGCGAUACUAACGCCCAGAAGAAGAAUGUGGUGCUUUUGGCUGCGGAGUACAGGCAGCCGGACGUCUACAAGUUUCUUCAUGACAACAGAAAGCGCAUAGAAAACGUGUUCCGUGGGGUCGAUGAUAAAGGCAACAGCGCCUUGCAUCUAGCGGCCAACGCCCCGACUCAUAAGCCUUGGCGCAUCAACGGUGCUGCUUUGCAGAUGCAGUGGGAGCUUAAGUGGUAUAAGUUCGUGAAGGAGUCUAUGCCACCCCAAUUCUUUGCGAGCUACAACAACGAGGGAAGGCUUGCAAAAACCAUAUUCCAUGAAAGCCACAAGGAGAUGGUGAAAAGCGGUUCGCAGUGGCUCACCAGCACCUCAGAGUCAUGCUCUUUGGUGGCUGCUCUGAUUACAACGGUGGCGUUUGCUUCCGCCACCACCAUCCCCGGUGGCAACGGCGAGGAGGGCACCCCACCACUUGAGAAGGAGUUGGGGUUCCUUAUAUUUGCCCUCUCCUCCCUGGUUGCGUUGUGCCUCUCCACAACCUCAGUCAUCACGUUUCUCGCCAUUCUCACCUCCAGGUUCGACGAUAAGGACUUUAGAUCCAACCUCCCAUGGAAGCUGCUCAUUGGCCUAUCCUCACUUUUCUUCUCCAUCGUCGCCAUGUUGGCUUCCUUUUGCGCGGGCCACUUCUUUCUUCUCCACCAUCGCCUUCGCAACACCGCGCUUGUCGUCUACACCGCUGUCUCUCUCCCGGUCGCAAUCUUCUUCGCCAUUGCGCAGCUUCCUCUAUACUACGAUCUGCUGAAUGCCAUUGUUAGAACGGUACCUAGAAGGAGCGCUCAAGUCAUCGUUAAUAAUAAUAAAGCCGAGACCCUCACUCAUCAAAAUGCAUACAGUAAAUGAUUAUGCAGUAAAUGCGAUUUCAAAGACACCACACCCCAGAAAUCUUGCAAAUGCAAGGCGGAAUAAUGCAUGGAAAAAACUUGUCACGGCCACCUUGUUUUUACCUAUUAAAUAUUUGACAACGAGUAAGAAAUGCAAGAAAUAUUGACCUUUGUCACCCUAAAGUUUUUUCACAAAAAUACAAAAACAGAUCAUAACACUCACAUAUUGUUCCAACUAUGAGUCCCAAUGCAAUGAUCUGAUUAAUCAUUUAGUCAUCCAUUUAUGUAUGUAGUGACAUAUAUGUAAUUCUUUUUUAUUUUGUAUUUCCUUUAUUUUGAGACUCUAAUUCUUGAAUUGUAAGGUUAUUGUUUAUA